UGUGCUGCAUGUUUAUUCUCCACUUUUUUGUCUCUAUUGUAAGAAAAGUUUGACUUUGGAAAAACAGCGUUGACGACCUGAAACCAGCAGCUGAGAUCGUCUUCUUCUUCUUCUGUUGGAUAGUUAAUUUGAUUAAUCUGAUGCCUGGAGGUAAAGAGCACACACAGACACACAGACGAGACGGUCCUUAUCUUUAGUAUUUGUGUUAAUGUUAAGUUUUGUAAAUAGUUUUGGACUAAUGUUAAAGAUAUAAACUGUCUGUGUCGACCUUUAAACUUCAAGUCAACGAUGGAUGUUAUUCUGCAGACCUACAGGAACAGAUCUUUAUGGAUCCAGAGGCUGAACUUCUGAGGACACUUCAGUGUUUGGAUUACUGAUGCAGAAACCAGAAGGUGAAGAAAUGGAGGGGGAACCAAGAAGACCUGAGAGGAAGACAUGAAGGACCAAAUGAUGUUUGGAAGUAAAACAAAACGGACAAAACAUCCAAAUCAAGAGACGACUGAGAUCAAGAAGAAAGAGGAAGGGUCAACGAGAAGGAGCUAGAAUGAGACAUAUGAAGAAAAGAAUCCAAACAGAGUGAAGUCUGACACUUCUUCACAUCAUCAGUGAGAUCCUGCAGCAGGGAGGAAGCAGCAGGCUGCCGUGCUAGAUCCUGAUUGGAUUAACCCUGAAACCUGCCUCUGAUCCGGGGCCGACGCCAGGCGAUCAGGCCUCAGAGCAUUUUGGCAAAGAGACAAUCAGAUCAGCUGAGCGAGAUCACAUCCAGCUAGCUUUAUCAAUCAUGACAUCAUAAAAUCAUCUGAGGAAAGACGCCAUGUUUGAUACGUUGACAUUGUAAAUCCAGAUGAUUGUUCAGGUACUUCCUAACAUCUCUACAGACUCUCUUCAAUACAAAACAUGAUCAGAGGGUCCACGGGCUGAUUGUCCACCUGAUGGCAGAGAGGGUUAAGGGAGGACCCGAAGUGCUCUGGAUUACAUCUAAGAGGACCUGAUUUCAAACCCUUAACUCCUGAAGGUCACCUUCAGACAGACGUGAUCCUGUUCAGGGUCGUUUAUACCUGAUCACCUGAACAGGUCACAGAGGAGGCGGUCUGCACCACCUCCGUAGCCAUGACUGAAGACAACCGUGUCGUGAAGGAGAACGGCGACUGCGAGGCGGCACAUCAUAAAAAUGACAUCAGCAUCAGUGUGAACAUAAGCCCCGCCCCUGGCCUGAUGAGGAAGCAGCUGCUGUGGCAAAACGCCGUCAGAAACAUCAUUGACCAGCACAACCUUUACUCGCUAAGGCUCGCCGGCGGCCUGGAGAGGGGGAGGCACCGCAUCACCGUCACUGACGCCUACAUCGCUGACAUCAACAGGCAGAUUCGUAAUAAGGCGUCUCGUGGUGCGUUCUGGCAGAAACGGCGCUCGUCUGCUGCUCGGGUCCACCCGAUGACGGCAAAGAUCUCGGUGCCGUUAAGUAUCACACAAAACUCACUCAGCGACGCCGACUUCUUCGUGUCCAGGGGGUCGUCUGUGCGAGGCGUUUUCAUUCCAGCGCUGCAGCACACGUUCAAGUCGCCCGACCUGGAGAAGGUGUAUCAGCAGUUUUCGUCGGCUCAGAGAAGAACGUCACUUGUCGUCACCAACGUCAUCGACAUCCUGACCAGACUGCUCAUCCUCAUACUCACCUGGCCGUCUGGCUGGUGGGGCCUGGCCUGUGAUUGGCUGGCUGGCCUGUCAGUCAUCCUGUGGGCGGUGAUCUGUGUGCUGGCACUGGCAAGGAGGGAUGUGAUGUCAUCCCCACAGUGGCUGAGGUAUGCUGGGAAAUGUAGUCAGAGAUGAGAUUUAGUUUAGAUACAGGUGUUGAUGUACCUGUCUGUCUCU